UAUUUUAUUUUUUUACCAAAACCCCAAAGAUUUUUCCAACCUUUCUCGUGAGAUGUCUAGUUCAUUCACACGCUAAUAAAGGCAACACCCUUUCCCUUCAACACAACUCCAUCACACAUUGCUUCACCUAAUUAUUUUUGCUUUCAAUAAUUUUAUAUUCACAUUUCAUUUUUCUUACACUUUCAAUAUUAUUUGACCUUUGAGUAUCAUUGACUCUAAUUUUCAUAAACAGUUUCCACUUUCUUGAGCAGUGUGGUUAGUUCACUGCAAUGGCGUCUGGUUGUGUGACCUUAAAAGCUAACACCCAUUGUAUAGAUUCAAAAAAAGGUUCUUUUUUUGGUGAUAGAAUCAAAGGAAGCUUCAACAACAGUUCCUGGGUCACGGAUCAGUUGAAUCAACGUUUGAGAACACAGAAGAAGAUCAAACAUGGUGCUUUAUCUGCUAUUCUUACUUCAGAUGAUCCUAAAGGAUCCUUGACCUUGCAAGUGCCUUCAUUCAUGAGAGUAAGAGCUGAUCCAAAGAAUGUUAUUUCCAUUGUAUUGGGAGGAGGACCAGGGACACAUCUCUAUCCUCUAACCAAACGAGCUGCGACACCUGCGGUUCCUGUUGGGGGGUGCUAUAGGCUUAUAGACAUUCCAAUGAGCAAUUGCAUCAACAGUGGCAUCAACAAAAUAUUUGUGCUAACUCAGUUCAAUUCCGCAUCUCUCAACCGUCACAUCGCUCGCACCUAUUUUGGAAAUGGCGUCAACUUUGGGGAUGGAUUUGUGGAGGUCCUGGCGGCGACACAAACACCAGGAGAAGCUGGAAAGAAGUGGUUUCAAGGAACUGCAGAUGCUGUGAGGCAAUUUACCUGGAUAUUUGAGGAUGCCAAGAAUAUAAACGUUGAUAAUGUAUUGAUCUUGGCGGGGGAUCAUUUAUACCGAAUGGAUUAUAUGGACCUUGUGCAGAGUCACAUUGAUAGAAAUGCCGAUAUUACAAUUUCGUGCGCUGCUGUUGGUGACAGCCGUGCAUCGGAUUAUGGAUUGGUCAAGGUAGACGACAGAGGCAACAUCAUCCAAUUUUCAGAAAAACCAAAGGGGAAUGAUCUGAAAGCAAUGCAAGUAGAUACCACUCUUCAUGGUUUGUCGCCCCAAGAUGCAUUGAAGUCACCAUAUAUUGCAUCUAUGGGGGUUUAUGUAUUCAAGAAAGAUGUUUUACUCAAGCUUCUGAAAUGGAGAUAUCCUACAUCUAAUGACUUCGGAUCUGAAAUCAUUCCUUCAGCUAUAAGGGAACACAAUGUCAAAGCAUAUUUUUUCGGAGACUACUGGGAAGAUAUCGGAACAAUAAAAUCCUUUUACGAUGCUAAUCUUGCUCUUACUGAAGAGAGUCCAAAGUUUGAGUUUUAUGAUCCCAAGACACCUAUUUUCACAUCUCCAGGAUUCCUACCACCAACAAAGAUUGACAAUUGCCGGGUGGUAGAUGCCAUUAUCUCCCAUGGAUGUUUCCUGCGAGAGUGUACAAUCCAACACUCCAUUGUGGGCGAAAGAUCGCGUUUAGAUUAUGGUGUCGAACUUCAGGAGACCGUAAUGAUGGGAGCAGACAAUUACCAAACUGAAUCCGAAAUCGCUUCUCUACUCGCAGAGGGGAAGGUCCCUAUUGGGAUUGGAAGGAAUACCAAAAUUAGGAACUGCAUUAUAGACAAGAAUGCAAAGAUUGGGAAAGAUGUCAUCAUCGCAAACAAAGAUGGCGUUCAAGAAGCAGAUAGAUCAGAAGACGGGUUCUACAUUCGAUCAGGAAUCACAAUCAUAAUGGAGAAAGCAACCAUAGAAGAUGGAACUGUCAUAUAAAUUAAUGGUUAGUGCUUAUUUCAUGAGAUGGUUUUCCUAAGGCGCCGAGGAAGAAGCAUUUGUGAGACCAUUCCGGCCCAUCUUUGGGUGCAGAAUGGUAACUGCUGCAAAAUGCUAUGAUCAAUAGAGAAAGGCAUCAUGUUGUAAAAAUAAGAGCUCUCCCACUAGUUUGUAAAAAUAGAAUGAAUAAAUCAUGGAAGUCAAAAUGCACAAAAGUAAAUAAAUUGAAGGGCUGAGCUAUGAAGUUUCCAUAUCCCCUCCCUUGCAACUGCAAAAGACACCUUUUAAAUUAUUGUAUCACUGAAUUAUUAUUUUAAAUUAAAUGGUAGUGAUAAUGAAUCUCAUCACUUGUUGUUGCUCCAA